UAUCUCAUUUCAUUUCAGGGAACAGCCAGCAAGGACAUGAAAAGGAAAAAUGCAACACUGCUAACAGAAUUUGUUCUCACAGGACUUACAUACAAACCAGAGUGGAAAAUACCCUUAUUCCUAGUGUUCUUAGUCAUAUAUCUUAUCACUAUCAUGGGGAACCUUGGUCUGAUUCUUCUCAUCUGGAAUGACCCUCACCUUCACAUCCCCAUGUACUUAUUCCUUGGGAGUUUAGCCUUUGUAGAUGCAUGGAUCUCGUCCACAGUGACCCCAAAGAUGCUGGUCAACUUUUUAGCCAAGAGUAAGAUUAUCUCUCUCUCUGAAUGCAUGAUACAGUUUUUUUCCUUUGCUUUUGGUGGAACCACAGAAUGUUUUCUCUUGGCAGCAAUGGCAUAUGAUCGCUAUGUAGCCAUAUGCAAACCCUUACUUUAUCCAGUGAUUAUGACCAACAGACUAAGCACCCGGCUGAUAGUCUCAUCAUUUGUGUGUGGCAUUCUUCAUGCGUUAUUUCAUGACCUAUUUUUAUUCAGAUUAACCUUUUGUAAUUCCAACACAAUACAUCACUUUUACUGUGACAUCAUCCCAUUGUUUAAAAUGUCUUGUACUGAUCCAUCUAUGAAUUUUCUAAUGGUUUUUAUUUCAUCUGGUUCAAUUCAGGUAUUCAGCAUUUUGACUGUUCUUGUUUCUUACACAUUUGUUCUCUUUACAGUCCUAAAAACAAAGUCUGUAAAAAAUAUUAGGAAAGCCUUCUCCACCUGUGGAGCCCAUCUCUUUUCUGUGUCUUUGUAUUAUGGUCCUCUUCUUUUCAUGUAUGUGUGCCCUGCAUCUUCAGAAGCAGAUGAUCAAGAUAUGAUGGAUUCUCUAUUUUACACUGUCAUAAUUCCUUUAUUGAAUCCAAUUAUCUACAGCCUGAGAAAUAAGCAGGUCAUAGAUUCACUGUCAAAAGUGUUAAAGAAACAUGUUUAA